AAACAUAAAAAUAGAUAAUACUAAAACCUGAUAUUAUCAAGGGAUACCAUCAAUUAACAGUGUGCCCGCCUAUGGCGGCCAUUUCGGCACAACUCGCUUCCUUUAAAUCAUUUUCGAGUUUGUUAAACGACAAGAAGUGCAGUCGGUUUUGGUGUCAGAUCAAGAGUUUUGAAAAUCAGCAUUCGAAUUGGAGCGUCGAAUUCCUCUCCGGAAAAGAAUCGGUUCAUUUGAUCCGGAAUUCAUCUCCGUCGAUAUCAAUGGCCGCCUCCGUCGCCGGUUCCGCCGUUAAACCCGCCAAAAAAGUCUGCCUUUUUUAUUGCUCCGAGACCGAGGUGCUCGCCAAGAGAAUCGCUGCUGAUUCAGAUGCAAUUGAGCUCCGCAGCAUAAAUUGGCGGACAUUUGAGGAUGGAUUUCCGAACUUGUUUAUACCUAAUGCACAUGGAAUUCGAGGACAGAAUGUAGCUUUUCUAGCUUCGUUUAGCUCACCGGCGGUGAUUUUCGAGCAGUUAUCGGUGAUCUAUGCUUUGCCGAAACUGUUCGUUUCAUCGUUCACGCUAGUUCUCCCGUUUUUCCCAACUGGAACUUCGGAGCGAAUGGAAGACGAAGGAGAUGUUGCCACGGCUUUCACUCUUGCUAGGAUAUUGUCCCAUAUACCGACCUCUAGGGGAGGCCCUACUAGCUUAGUAACAUUCGAUAUCCAUGCUUUGCAGGAGAGAUUCUACUUCGGUGAUACUAUUUUGCCUUGCUUUGAGAGUGGGAUACCUUUGCUUAAGAAUAGGCUUCAAAAGCUUCCCGACUCUGACAAAAUAUCCAUUGCUUUUCCCGAUGAUGGUGCUUGGAAAAGAUUUCAUAAACAGCUGCAACAUUUUCCAACUAUUGUUUGUAAUAAAGUUCGGAUAGGGGACCAACGAAUCGUACGCAUCAAAGAGGGAGAUGCUACAGGACGGCAUGUGGUGAUUGUUGAUGAUUUGGUUCAAUCAGGUGGGACUCUGAUUGAAUGCCAGAAAGUAUUAGCAGCCAAUGGAGCAACAAAAAUAAGUGCAUAUGUGACGCAUGGAAUUUUCCCUAAAAGCUCGUGGCAACGCUUUGAACAUGAUAAUGGAGGGCAACCUGAGAAAGGGCUAACCUAUUUCUGGAUCACUGAUUCAUGCCCUCACACGGUGAAAGAGGUAAAGUGCAAACGUCCUUUUGAAAUUCUUAGCCUUUCUGGUUCCAUUGCAGCUGCUCUUCAGGUAUAAAAGUAACCCUUUCAAAGUUACUAAUAAAUCAAUUCAUUACAUUUUUUGAGUGAAUUUAAGUUGUUUUGUUUAUAGAAAAUAAAAUGUAAUGAGAUUAGAACCCUCCUUCGGCAGCAGAAUUUUCUAUUUAGGUUAUUCGGGUUUUUUUCUUUCGAUUUUUGGGUAUGUUACUCAGAGUUGGAUGUUGAUGUUGAGUACGGGUAUAUCUUAUUUAGUUAUGUUCAAAUUUCCUUUUCAAAAUUUCGUAUGAUCUGUGAGUCGUGUUCUCAUACUUGUAUUUGAAUAUUUGGUUGGUUACGAUAUCAAAUACGGAUACUAUAUGCAUAUCGCAAUACUUUUACGAA